GGAAAGGACCCAAACUGCCACAUCGUUGGCGCCUGUAGAGUGAAAACGAUGAAUAAUGGUGCCGCAAUUGACAAAGGUAUCUCAGUGGGUUACUAGAAUUUAGUUUAAAUCAAUAGAAUAUCCGAAUACACUGUCUGUGUAUGUCAAAAUUUACUUGAGAUGUAAACAUUUUGUCAGGCAUCUCUUUAGGCACCCGCUGUAGGAGGGGCCUUAUAUGGUUUGGCAGCUAGAUACACCGAUGGUCGUAUGUCUUUUUACUUUUCAAGAGAUUUUCAACCGUUUUACAGACUAUUUCCAAAUCAGCAAAGAUGUCAUCGCCUCUAUCAAAGCCUCAAAUCAUUGCUCAUGUUCAGAAGAGCUUGAACUACACCGUUUUUGACAGUAAAUGGAUUCCUUGCAGUGCGAAGUUUGUCUGCCUGGGGAACUUUCCGAGAGGAACCGGAGUAAUGCAAAUAUAUGAAGUGCAGCAUGGAGAGGCUCAGCUUAUCAAGGAGGUAGAGAAACCUAAGCCCAUAAAGUGCGGGACAUUUGGGGCCACCUCUCUUCAACAAAGACACAUAGCAACCGGGGAUUUUGACGGAAAUCUCAAUAUAUGGAAUCUGGAGAUACCUGAAGUGCCAGUGUACAGUGUAAAGGCCCACAAAGAAAUAGUGAACAGUAUCGAUGGUGUUGGUGGCCUGGGGAUUGGCGACGGCGCACCGGAGAUAGUCACUGGAAGCAGAGACGGGACAGUAAAGGUGUGGGAUCCCAGACAGAAGGAUUCACCUGUAGCGAACAUGGAGCCAAUGGAAGGAGAAACCAAGAGGGACUGUUGGACUGUUGCAUUUGGUCACGCCUUCAAUGAUCAGGACCGCUGUGUUUGUGCGGGCUAUGACAACGGGGACAUCAAACUCUUUGACCUGCGGAAUAUGUCUCUACGGUGGGAAACCAACAUUAAAAAUGGGGUAUGCUGUGUGGAGUUUGACAGGAAGGACAUCAACAUGAACAAGCUGGUUGCCACCUCACUGGAGGGAAAAUUCCAUGUCUUUGACAUGAGGACCCAGCACUCCACCAAAGGCUUCGCCUCGAUUUCCGAAAAGGCUCAUAAGUCGACCAUCUGGCAGGUCAGGCAUUUGCCUCAAAACAGAGACAUCUUUAUGACUGCAGGGGGAGCAGGCAACCUACAUCUGUGGAAAUAUGAGUAUCCUGCUCAGAGAAGCAAGAAGGACUCAGAUGGCAUGGAUGUGGGCGUAGCUGGCACUGUCAACCUCUUACAGAACGUCACUCUUUCCACUCAGCCAAUCGCCAACCUGGACUGGAGUCCUGACAAGCAGGGCCUGUGUGUGUGUUCAGGCUUUGACCAGUCUGUCCGCGUGCUCCUUGUCACCAAACUCAACAUGGUGUGAAAAAACAGACUACAACAAAGACUGAUGGUC